ACGUGAGCAAACCUGCGCCGGCGUGCUGAUCUCGUUUCUGAAGAUGGCGGCGUUUCGCUGAUUCCAGAUGCACCACGCCGUGAGGAUCGCCAGGGUGUGGGCUGUUUUGUUCCCUUGCUCGAUCAUCUUCAGGAACCAUUCCUCGACAUCCGCCGUUGUGCCCCAUUGCACCGGCUGCAGGUUCCCACAGUUGCUCCAGUCGGCUACCUGCUCCCAGACACAGCAAGAGAAGGGACACUCGACAAACAGAUGCAUAGCAGUUUUCAGAUUCCGGAUGCAAAGGCCACAGAAAUAGUUGUUUUCCCAACCACGCACUUGCAGUCUCGCUGCUGUCCAUAUCCGGUCCUGGAGUAGCAACCAUAGGAAGAAUUUACAUUUCGGUGGUGCCCACGCCUUCCAUACUAGCUUUGGGGAGUUGGAGAGUAUACUGCCACUGAACUGAAUGUUAUAAGCAGACUUGGCGGUGUAUUUCCCACUGGACUCCAAUUUCCAGUGGAUUUGGUCCUCCUCUGUGGUGUUCAAGUUGAGGUGCAAGGAUUGCAGUAGAUUCCACAACCUAAAAAAUUCGGCCAAUAGGUCAUUGUUCAGGCCAUGAGCAAUGUCCUUGAUCCAGGCACCAUUCCGCAGGGCUGCUUUGAUGGUUCUGUUCUUUCUUCUGCUAUGAUUAUAUAACAGCGGGAACUUGGUUGACAAAGAUUGAUUUUAGACUGUCAACUCCGAAGUUCAUCUGUCCAUGAAACCCUGCCCGAUGGAGUAGCUUAUGGGGUGCACUGUCUUGGAGCAUCCUGAAUCCUUCGGUUCACCUGUAGCUUGGUGCAGCUGCUUUAUGUUGUACUGUACCGAGCCCAGAUGGAUCCGUCUGGUGCUGUCUCCACACAUGCGCGCGGCAUUGCUAGUUUAUGCCGCUAUUCUGUAUGCUGUGUUUAGCCAGUUAGCAACACCCAAUGUAAUCCCUAUCAAUUAAUUAAUGUCUGACCAUUUCUGGCCUAAUCCACGACUUAAUCUCCACCAAAAUCCAACUAGGCCCCUCCAUGAUAUUGCCCAGGGCCCCACACCGGCCUGACGCUUUUGCCGAGUUACUUGAUGGUGUUCGCAUGAAGGAUAUAUUGGAUUAUGCCCAAAGUUGAUCAGAUCAUAAUCCUGAGUGACCAAAGUAACCACAAAGGCGUCUUUGAUUGGAUUUCAUCCCAAAGUUACAAGAGUUCUGUAUCUGAACUAAGGAGUAUCCUAUAUAUUUCCUAGGGAAUAUCAGCUUAUAUCCUAACACUUUCUAAGGGUAAAGAAGUGGAGAUAUCUCCAUAGCUAAGGUCUUGUUUGGAAUGGGAGAAUUGUUCCAAGUUCCGUAGGAUUAAGGACCAACACGUGUAGUGUGCCUGCCUUUAGUUAGUCGUCAAAAGAUAGAAAACAAAUCUAGAUAAGGUCAAUGUGAUCUCACCAGUAGUAGGCCAUGAUAUCACGCUUUUGCAGUAUUCACUAAUCACCAUUAGCUUUGACCCUUAGUGAACGCCUGCCAGGGCCCACUCCCCCAACCUUUACUCCCCUAUUUAAAUGACCAUCUACCCAUAGCAUUGCCUUUCAUCACCCCUACAAUCCAUAGCAAUGCUUGAACAAUCCAAACCUGAUUGUAAUUGUAAUCCCCACAAUGUCUCGAUCAUUCCUCACCCUAAUUGCCAUUGCCGUUGCUGUUGUCAGCUCAGUGGAUUCACAUGCCACUGACCGCACUGCUCUGCUCGCCUUCAAGUCCGGCGUCCGGGGCAACCUCUCCGGCUGGGGCUCCCCUAAAAUGUGCAACUGGACUGGCGUCACAUGUGAUUCAACAGAGCGUGUGGCGCAUCUUCUUCUCAACAACUGCAACCUCAGCGGCGUCAUCUCCCCGGCGAUCGGCAACCUCUCCGCUCUCAAGACGCUUGAUCUCCGAUUCAACCAGCUCUCCGGCAUCAUCCCGCCGGAGCUCGGCAUGCUGUCCCACCUCCUGGUACUGAGACUUAGCUACAACAGUCUCACUGGUAGCAUCCCGGAGGCUGUCGUCUGCAACUGCACCUCCUUGACCUCCAUUGCCUUGAGCUUCAACUCCCUCACCGGCAAGAUCCCUUUCUCUGCACGAUGCCGGCUUCCGCGCCUGCAGCACCUCAGCCUCCACGAGAACAGGCUCCAAGGCAACAUCCCCUUGUCCAUGUCCAACUUCACCAGUCUUAGCUCGGUGUUCUUGCACUACAAUUCCCUUGGCGGCGUGCUGCCAUCCCAGAUGUUCAACAAAAUGCCAUCCCUCCAGUAUCUCUACCUGUCCUUCAACAACUUCUCAAGUGACGGUGGGAACACCAACCUUGAGCCUUUCCUUGCCUCUCUAGUGAACUGCACCAGAUUGCAAGAGCUUGGACUGGAGUCGAACGGCCUCGGAGGCGAGAUCCCGGCGAUGAUCGGCAACUUGUCGUCGACCAAUCUCUCCGAGCUCUACUUGGACGACAACAAGAUCACCGGUGCAAUUCCUCGUGCCAUCGGCAACCUCUCCGCUCUCAAGACGCUUGAUCUCCGAUUCAACCAGCUCUCCGGCAUCAUCCCGCCCGAGCUCGGCAUGCUGUCCCAGCUCCUAGUGCUGGGACUUGGCCACAACAGUCUCACCGGUAGCAUCCCGGAGGCUGUCAUCUGCAACUGCACCUCCUUGACCUCCAUUGCCCUGAGCAGCAACUCCCUCACCGGCGAGAUCCCUUUCUCUGCAGGAUGCCAGCUUCAGCGCCUGCAGCACCUCGGCCUCUACGAGAACAAGCUCGAAGGUGGCAUCCCCUUGUCCAUGUCCAACUUCACCAGCCUCAGCUGGGUGCUUCUGCAGUCCAAUCACCUUGGCGGCGUGCUGCCAUCCCAAAUGUUCAACAAGAUGACAUCCCUCCAGUAUCUCCACCUGUCCGGCAACAACUUCUCAAGCGAUAGCGGGAACACUGACCUUGAGCCUUUCCUUGCCUCUCUAGUGAACUGCACCGGAUUGCAAGAGCUUGGAUUGAAGUCGAACGGCCUCGGAGGCGAGAUCCCGGCGAUCAUCGGCAACCUGUCGUCAGCCAAUCUCUCCGAGCUCUACUUGGACAGCAACGAGAUCACCGGUGCAAUCCCUCGUACCAUCGGAAACCUUGCCUCACUGACAUAUUUGCAGCUGCAGAACAACAUGUUGGAGGGCCCAAUCCCCAGUGAGGUGUUCCAUCCACGUGGGCUUACAGGUAUAGUCCUGUCAAAUAACCAGAUCAAUGGUGAAAUACCCAAAUCCAUCAGUUUAGCUCAAAAACUAAGUAUCAUCCGCAUAUCGAACAGCGGUCUUCGAGGUGCAAUACCAGAGACCUUGUCGAACCUCACUUUGUUGGAUUACCUUGUUCUUGACCAUAACCAGCUCUCAGGUGCCAUACCACCUGGUCUUAGCUGCAGAUUGAUCUUGGACCUUUCUUAUAACAAACUUACAGGUCAAAUUCCUAUUGGUUUAGCUAGGCUUAGUAGCUUCCAAAUGUACCUUAACCUCUCUAACAAUCUCCUAGAGGGCCCCCUAACAUUGGAAUUUGGCAACAUGGAGAUGAUCCAAGCUCUUGAUUUGUCAGGAAACAAACUCUCUGGGGGACUUCCAUCUUCCAUAGGCACUUUGAAAAACCUCCAUUUCCUUGAUGUCUCCUUCAACAGCCUUACUGGUACGAUUCCUCAAUCUUUGCAAGGGUUGCCGCUCCAGUUUGCCAACUUCUCACACAACAACUUCACCGGUGAGGUCUGCAGUGGAGGGUCAUUUGCAAACCUCACUGACGACUCAUUUCUCGGCAAUCCUGGUCUAUGCGGGUCUAUCCCCGGCAUGGCGCCAUGCAUUAGCAGAAAACAUGGUCGCUUCCUGUACAUAGCCAUCGGUGUCGUCGUCGUCGUCGCAGUUGCUGUCGGCUUGUUGGCCAUGGUGUGCGUUGUUCUUGAUCACUACCUGAUGAAGGGUCGUUUGAGGUUGACAGCAGCCCCAUCUAGUCAACUAUCACGUUUCCCGACAGGACUGGUCAACGCCACCGGUGAAAAGGAGAGCGGCGAGCAUCAUCCAAGGAUCUCAUAUUGGGAGCUUGCCGACGCGACUGACGGCUUUUCAGAAGCGAAUUUGAUCGGGAAAGGAGGAUACGGACAUGUCUACAGGGGUGUCCUCCAUGACGAGACAGCGAUCGCCGUCAAGGUCCUGCGCCAGGACCAUGCCGCCGGCGAGGUGGUCGCCGGCAGCUUCGAGAGGGAAUGCCGGGUGCUCAGGAGCAUCCGACACCGGAACCUCAUCCGCGUCAUCACCGCAUGCAGCACGCCGGAGUUCAAGGCGGUCGUGCUCCCCUUCAUGCCCAACGGCAGCCUCGAGACCCUCAUCCACGGACCUCCAUCGUCUGGUGCUGGCGGCGGCGGCAAGCCGGCACGCCUGGACCUGGACCUGCUGCUCAGCGUGGCCAGCAACGUCGCCGAGGGCAUGGCGUACCUGCACCACCACGCCCCCGUCAGGGUCGUGCACUGCGACCUCAAGCCCAGCAACGUCCUCCUCGACGCCGACAUGACCGCCGUCGUCUCCGAUUUCGGCAUCUCGAAGCUGGUGGUGACCGACGGCGGCGCGAGAGAUCCGGAGACGAUGGGCGAGGCAUCGACGUCGUCGUCCGUGUGCAACUCCAUCACUCGACUGUUACAGGGCUCUGUUGGCUACAUUGCGCCCGAGUAUGGGUUGGGAGGCCGGCCAUCGACGCAAGGCGACGUGUACAGCUUCGGGGUGAUGCUGCUGGAGAUGAUCUCCGGGAAGAGGCCAACGGACGUGAUCUCGGAGGAGGGGCACGGCCUGCACGACUGGGCCAAGAAACUCUUGCAGCACCAGCAGCACGACGUCGUGGGCACCGUCGACGUCGAGAGUUCGCUGCUGCCGUUUGGCUCGCCGCCGCGGGGCGAGAUGGAGGUCGUCGUCGUCGUCGUCGUCUUGGAGCUGCUUGAGCUCGGUGUCGCGUGCUCGCAGCUCGCGCCGUCGAUGAGGCCCACCAUGGACGACGUGGCGCACGAGAUCGCGUGCCUCAGGGACGGUACGUGGAGGAACUACGGGGUGGCGGAUCAGAAAACCAUUGACCAGCAGCUAAACUCCAAGACGUAUUAACAGUCUAAUAAGUACGAAUGCAGGAUACACUACGUCAAUUAAUAUUGGCAUAAACGACAAGCUUAAGUAUGUGGCUCAAGUAUUACCAUGUCUUCACUCACUCCGUCCUUAUUAUUUUAAGUCAAACUUUUUUUUAUUAUCAAUCGUAAUUGUAAUUUCAGUUGAAUCUAAUUUGCCAUCAUUGAAA